AUGGCUUCUGAAAAGCUAGCCAGCGACCAUGUCGAGAGACAUGACUCAAUCGAACCAGUAGGCAAUGACCUAGAUGGCUUCACAGACCUCAAAACCACCACCGAAGCUCACGCCGCCAUCGAAAAAGAGCACAACAUGACCGCCUUGCAAGCUCUCAAGCUGUACCCCAAGGCCGUUGCCUGGUCCCUUCUCCUCUCCUGUGCCAUCAUCAUGGAAGGUUACGACGUGGUCCUGAUCGGUUCAUUCUUCGCCUACCCUGCCUUCAACAUGAAGUACGGCCACCUCAUGUCCGAUGGAAAAUACGGCCUCGACGCAUCUUGGCAAGCAGGCAUGACCAACGGAAUGAGCGUCGGUCAGAUCAUCGGUCUCUUCGUUAACGGUAUCGUGUCCGAGCGCUACGGCUACCGCAAAACCCUUAUGGCCUGUCUCGCCAGCACCGUCGGCUUCAUCUUCAUCCUCUUCUUCGCUCCAAACGUCCAGACCCUCGUCGCCGGCGAGCUGCUUAUGGGUAUCCCCCUCGGCGUCUACCAGACCCUCACAGUCACAUACGCGUCAGAGGUCUGCCCCGUCGCACUGCGCGCAUACCUGACCACCUACGUCAACCUGUGCUGGGUAUUUGGACAGCUGAUCGCCUCAGGCGUUCUAAAGGGUCUCGUCGAGCGCACUGAUCAGUGGGCGUACCGCAUUCCAUUUGCCAUCCAGUGGGUGUGGCCGAUUCCAAUCUUUAUUGGAGUAUACUUCGCACCCGAGAGCCCGUGGUGGCUUGUGCGAAAGGACAGACGCGAAGAUGCGAUCAAGGCUGUGAAACGACUCACGCGUGCCGACCCUAACUUCAGCGCCGAGGAAACCGUUUCUAUGAUUGUGUAUACGAAUGCGAUGGAACAACGCACCGAGCAGGGCGCCUCGUACCUGGACUGCUUCAAGGGGACUGAUCUGCGACGCACGGAGAUCGCGUGCUGUGUCUGGGCGGUACAAAGUCUGUGCGGCAGUGGUCUGAUGGGCUACUCGACUGUCUUCUACCAGCGUGCUGGACUUGCCGACUCAAUGUCGUUUACCAUGUCGCUGGCACAAUAUGCGAUUGGAGUUGUCGGUACGUUCAGCUCGUGGCUGUUCAUGUCCUACCUGGGUCGCCGCACGCUAUAUGUGGGUGGUCUGGCUGUUUUGGCUGCCAUUCUGUUUGUGAUUGGCUUUGUGUCCAUUCCGGAAUCGACUAGUGCGCUCUCGUGGACUACUGGAUCCAUGUUGCUUGUGUAUACGUUCAUCUAUGACUCGACUAUCGGGCCGGUGUGUUUCUCGCUGGUCUCGGAAAUGCCGUCGUCGAGACUUCGCACCAAGACAGUUGUGUUGGCUAGAAACACGUAUAACAUCCUCAAUCUGGUGACCGGCAUUAUCAUUCCCUACAUGCUGAAUGUGGAUGCGUGGAAUUGGAGGGGAAAGUCUGGAUUCUUCUGGGGUGGACUGUGCAUCCUCUGUCUUGUUUGGUCGUUCUUCAGACUUCCUGAGCCCAGGGGCCGCUCUUAUGCUGAGUUGGAUGUUCUGUUUGAGAACAAGGUGCGCACAAGGGAGUUCCCACGUGCGAAGACCGGUUUGGUGCAGAGUGAGCUCGAGGGGGAGAAAGGCUCGGCUUGA